AUGAUUGAAGAAAACCCAAGGCAAUGGUAUGUGUUGUUGUCAGAAGCAGUUUGGGCGAAUAGGACCAGCCAGAAGUCGGCCACAGGAACUUCACCUUUCCAGAUGGUGUAUGGGUAUGAUGCGAUGUUGCUAAUGGAGCUUAUUGACGAUUACUUUGACAAAAUAGUGAUAGACUCCUUGGAUCUCGACGAGGAGAGAUUGGCAACAUUAGAUCACCUUGAAGCCCAGAAAAGAAGGGUUGAAAGGGCAUACAAUAAGCGGGUAAAACCGAAGUCAUUUUCCAUAGGCGAUAUGGUAUGGAAGGCGAUCCUACCUAUUGGCCAUAAAGACAAGCGACUUGGUAAAUGA